AUGGCAACGACCGCUGCAGCCACACAGCGAUUGCAAUCAAAGAGACAAACUUUGGACGAAGCUUACGCACCGCCUGCCAACUUCCUGGAAAUUGAAGUUCAAAAUUGACUGUUGUCACCUUUAAUUUAGUUAAUUAAGGUUGUGAAUCCAAUAACUCACGGCGUUGGCAAAAACCGAUACACGGAUUACGAAAUCCGGAUGAGGGUUUGUGCAUUUCUUUAAUCAUCUUAUAUUUUUUUGCUUUUUCAGUCGAAUCUCCCAGUUUUCAAGCAAAAAGAGUCGAGCGUCCGGCGCCGAUACAGCGAUUUUGAGUGGCUCCGCGGAGAGCUGGAACGAGACAGCAAGGUUUUUUUAUUGGCCUAAUUUUUAUUUGAAACGAGAUGAGAAGUGUUUAGAUCGUCGUGCCAGCCUUGCCGGGAAAAUCUUUGAAGCGUCAGUUACCAUUCCGGUCCGAUGAUGGCAUUUUUGAGGAGGAGUUUAUUGAAAAUCGCCGCAAAGCGUUGGAGCUUUUCGUUAAUAAGUGCGUUCUUAUUCAUUUUUUUUUUCAUAAAAUUAGGCAAUAUUCGGUUUGAACGAUGUCAAAUCUGUAAGGCCAAAGUCUCCGGAACAUUUUUUUGAGGAAACUUUUUCAUUAAACUCCAAAGAUCGAAUUUUUCUUUCUCUUUUUGAAAUACGUAAAAAGCACUUUUUGAUUUUUUUCUAAUAUAUUUUAGUUCUCCGUAUAUUCCUUUAUUCACUUUUUGUUUCUAUGAAUUCAGCUGAAUGAAGCUCAUUUCUCAAUCUAAUUAUUGAAGUUCGAAAAUUUCUGAUACCCUGAGAAAUUUAAAAACUGAUUGAAGUUAUUUCGACUCUAGUAUUUAACUGGAAAUUCGUGAUUUUGCCACUUCAGUAGUUUGUUCCUCUUCAUCAACUUUUCCAGGUUUUAAUUUCAAUUCAAUCUUUUUUUUUUCUCAGAGUAGCCGGUCAUCCGUUGGCGCAAAACGAACGUUCGUUGCAUAUUUUCCUGCAAGAAUCGGUCAUUGACAAGAACUACGUACCCGGAAAGAUCCGAACCGCUUGA